CUAGGCAGUGUUGGAAGAGGAGGAGAGUCACCGAGAAAACUCAGGAUAACGAAGCUUUACCAAAAGUACGUUAAUUCAUUUGUUAACGGCAGAGUGUCUCGGUCAGUCAGUGAUGCUGUCAGAAGUCCUGCAGGUGAUGCGGGGAGCUGGUAAAGUGGGCUCUGCUCUGGUCGCCACGCAGGGAGAACAGCUCCGAUUAAUGGCCUGCAACUCCACCCUAGGAGCAGGAGUCAAAGCUGCUCAAGAUGUGGUGGAAGGACUGAUGGGCAUGUUUAUGGGUGGCACCAGUCAGCAACAGUCAAUAAAAGAAGAUGUGUUUCCGGAUGCGGAGGGCUGGGAGAAUAUGGACCCUGAUGAAGUAGCCAAAUGGAGUGUGGGGUCAGAGUUUCCCUCUGAUGGUGUCGAGCUAAGACAGGGAGAAGCUGGGCCUUCAGCAGAGAUGCACACAGGAGCACAUCCUAAUCCAGGGACAGCACCAGGAGGGGGAGGCUGGCCGGGACAGAGCACUCGUUUCCUCCACACCGCCCCCGCUCUCCACCGGUUCUACUAUCAAACCAGAUCUGCCCACAACUCAGUGGUGGCCAGACUCACGCCAGAGGACAUCAAGAAGGCCAGAGAGGCAAAGCAGUCCCUGACUAAACCUACUAAACAGAAGCUGAGUGAGCGUGCCAAAGAAAGGAUAGUGCCUGCCACAAGAAUCAGCCGGCUGGCUAAUUUUGGGGGACUGGCAGUAGGACUGGGGAUCGGUGCCAUUGCAGAAGUUGCAAAACAAUCACUGGGAGGCAAACAAAAAGCAGACAUGGGUGCCCUGCUAGACUCUGCUUUCUUGUCAGAGGCUAAUGCUGAGAGAAUAGUCAACACACUGUGUAAGGUUCGUGGAGCUGCACUGAAGAUAGGCCAGAUGCUCAGCAUACAAGACAACUCCUUUAUCAAUCCACAGCUGCAGAAGAUCUUUGAAAGGGUCAGGCAGAGCGCCGACUUCAUGCCCACAUGGCAGAUGGAUAAAGUUCUGGAGGAGGAGUUAGGGCCGGGCUGGCGAGAGAAGCUCUCGGCCUUUGAGGACAAACCAUUUGCUGCCGCUUCCAUUGGCCAAGUACAUUAUGGGAUGUUAAAAGAUGGUAGAGAAAUUGCCAUGAAGAUCCAGUACCCUGGAGUGGCAGAGAGCAUUCACAGUGACAUAAACAACCUAAUGUCAGUACUGAAAAUGAGCGUGGUCCUGCCUGAAGGUCUUUUUGCAGACAACAGCUUAGAGGUUCUUCAAAGGGAGCUGGAAUGGGAGUGUGACUAUAAGAGGGAGGCAGAGUGUGCCAAGAAGUUCAGGUCACUGCUGGAGGGAGAUGAGUAUUUCCAAGUCCCUGAGGUGAUAGAUGAGCUGUCAGCACGCAGAGUGCUGGCCAUGGAGCUGGUGCAGGGAGUCCCUUUGGACCGCUGUGUAGACCUGGACCAGGAGACGAGGAACCAGAUCUGUUUCAACAUCCUCCAGCUGUGUCUCAGGGAGCUCUUUGAGUUCAGGUUCAUGCAGACAGAUCCAAACUGGGCCAACUUCUUUUACAACUCAGACACCAACAAGGUUAUUUUGUUGGACUUUGGAGCGUGCCGAGGCUACCCAGAAUCAUUCACAGAUGACUAUAUACAGGUGGUUCAUGCAGCUUCCGUGGGAGAUCGAGCCACUGUUCUUUCCAAAUCAAAGGACUUGAAAUUCCUCACAGGCUUUGAGACCAAGGCCUUCCAGGACGCCCACGUGGAGGCCGUGAUGAUCCUCGGUGAAGCCUUUGCAUCCGCCGAGCCCUUCGACUUCGGCACCCAGAGCACCACCCAGCGCAUCCAGAGCCUCAUCCCCGUCAUGCUGCGCCACCGCCUCACCCCUCCACCCGAGGAGUCGUACUCCCUCCACCGCAAGAUGGCCGGCUCCUUCCUCAUCUGCUCCAAGCUGAAAGCCCGUAUACCCUGCAAGGACAUGUUCCUGGAUGUGUACAAUGCCUACAACCAGAGGAGGCAGGCCCAGCAGGUGGCGCAGGCAAGUGCUUAGACACUCAAGGACUAAAUUUGCCAAGAACAUUUCCAGAGUUGGCACCUGACUACAAGGACAGAAACAUUUAGUCUUGAAUCCGGAGGUGGAGACGCUGCAUCGGACUUGCUUAAGGCACUACACUACGUCUGUAGGUAACUGACUGCUGCCAAUGUGUUCUAAUGAGGACCAGGAGUGUUUGUGACUUUUUCAGCUUGACAUCGUUGUGGGGGAUUGGUUUUGAGGUGUUUCUCAGUGUCUCACUGAGGUCAUGUAUAGACAAAAGUCAUGAAUUAUAACAAUAUUAAACUGAAUUUGUAUGAAAACGAAGUCAGAAAUAUAUGGUGAAGCCCAGUAGGCUCAUUACUGAUUAAAUAUUAACGUUUGAUUCCUGCUGUCACAGCAAACACACAAUACAAGGCUACAGUUUUUCAAAAGGCAAGGUGUAUAUUUUCAGUGUGCUGCCAUGGCUAAAAUUAUUUCAUCCCCUCUUCUAGCAAGAGUAAGGUUCACCAUAUUUCUAAAAGAAUGAGUAUCUUGUGACUUCAGGGCAGAUAAUAAGCCCUGCGUUGAAUAGCUGAUGCUGCCAAGUGCUCUCCUUUGUUACAAGAACUUUGUGUGUCGCCUGAUGAGUUGGUGAGUAAAGCUUUCACCUAAAUGCGAUGGCUGCCUGACUAGACGAGCAAUUAUCAGAGGAAUUAGAGAAGACAGUCUAAUGGAACCCUGGUGAGUCAUGGCCUUGCAUUAUAAAGUGUACUUGACAUAAAACUCCACAAUGUGAAAACUGUCAGUCAUUUUUAACACUUCUUCAUUACAGAGAUGUGUACUGUAUCCUAAUGACAGAGUGCUGUGCAUGUUCUUUUUCAUGAAAUAAAAUGUGAGAAAGA